AUGCUCGCAGCUGUUAGCCCUCUACCCGCAUAUAAGAAUCCUCAUAGGGCAGCGCUCUCUGCCAGCGGUUCAUUCCGAAGCUCGCGCCCCAAGAAGAGGUCAUCAUUCCUGGUGUUUACAAACGAGACGUCGCUCCAGCAAAUUUGGCGCGAGCUCAAAAGAAAGGGAUGGACCUUCAAGAAGUCGACAGACCUCAGCAAUGACCAGCACUACCUGCCUCCGGGAGGCAGCGUCAACGGAGCGAAAGUUGUGCACCUCUUCAUUGCUCAAGUCACACCGUUCCGGUCUGAAUUCUUGGCAACAUCGCACGAAGCUACUGGAUCGCCUGCCGAUGUCAAAGCGCCGUCUUCGGAGAUCGCUCAAACGCCCCCAUACAAUGAAGGAGUGGAAGAGCAGAUGCCUAACCCAGCAGCUAUUCACAAAUCUGCUGCAAAGGAAUCUAGCGCAUCUAAAGACACCUCACCGGCGAUCCCGAAGGUAUCCUUUGCCAAGACCCGUGCUCGUCAAGCCCCACGACCUUCAAAACGUAUUUGUCGCUGGAACGAUAGCGACAGCGCGAAUGAUAUUCAUAAGAUGGCUGAGAGCGCUCCGAAUUCUACUGAACAGUAUGAUUCAGAUGCGGAGAACACCUCUUCAGAGCUCACACGCGAUUACACGCGCUGUCAUACACGACUGGGUGGUGUCCCACUUGAUGAUGUCGACUGGGAGAACUUCUUGGACAGACGCGACCGCUUUUUCAAAACGACGGAUGACCUCGACCUGAACGUUAGUGGAGAUUAUCUUACUCGAACCAGCGAGGACUUCAAUGCCGGCGAGGACAUGGCAGACCUGAUCACAGAUCCCCUACCACACCAAGAACACACUCCUGAGCUGACGAUGGCGAUUAGUGGCGCUAAGCGACGCCACUGGCUUUGCAAGGUUUGCUUAGCGUUCGCCAGUGUAGAGCACUAG